CUCUCUCUCUCUCUCUCUCUCUCUCUCUCUCUCUCUCUCUCUCUCUCUCUCUCUCUCUCUCUCUCUCUCUCUCUCUCUCUCUCUCUCUCUCUCUCUCUCUCUCUCUCUCUCUCUCUCUCUCUCUCUCUCUCUCUCUCUCUCUCUCUUCUCCUACCUCGAUGCGCAAACUCUGCCAUUCUUUUUAUUGGCAGUCGCAAACGCUUUGGCUUACGCCUCCACUACCUUCCUACGGUGUGGAAAAAGUGCCAGUCCAUCAAAUGGCACAUUCUUCGAUCGAGUGGGGACGCGCGCAUGAGGGCGCUGUACACUCUGCGUCGGAGUAAGGAUGCGAAGCUGACAAAGCGAUAUGCGGCGACAAUAGAGCUGGAGUGUGCAGAGGCAUCAGUAGGUUCAGGGACUCUCCGUCCACCGUCAUCUUCAAGUCAUCGUGCAGGGUUGGGUGCUCGUGCUCCGAAGCAGCAUUCCAAACCCCCGAGGAAGGAUCUCCUUCAAACAUUUGAGGAGAUCAACGCGCAGGAGCAGAUUUUGAGGCUGAAGACUCUUCAGGUGCAAGGCAAGUGGUUGGAGUGGACAUCGGUGAUGUGGCAGGACCUCUCGUGGAAAUCCCUUUUGUACGGUGGUACUGGUAAGGAUUUGAAAUUUCUUCUCGCAUCAACCCUCGACGUGCUACCUUCUCCGACGAACCUACGCCGUUGGGGAAACGCCGUAGUGGAUCCGUACUGUAAAUUGUGCCGUGCCUGGGCCUGUACUACGCGCCACGUGCUUGGCGCUUGUCGCGUAGCGCUGGACCAGGGACGUUACACCUGGAGGCACGACAACGUUCUCGGGGUCAUCGUCAGGAACAUGCGUGAGGAGAUUCGAAUCCGCACUGCUGCAAACACCGUACAAACCGAAAAUUCAAAUGAGCUUGACUUCAUCUCGUUUUGCAAGGCGGGAGAGAAGCCAGUUCGCGUUCAGCCCAGACGAAAGUUGGUUACGACUGAUCUCCUGUCAGCGGCCUCAGACUGGAAACUUCUUGUCGACUCAGUUAGUGCAAAGAUUUCUUUCCCUAGCUGUGUUGCACUUACCACCCUAAGACCAGAUAUAGUUCUGUACUCUACGAGUCGUAGGAUUGUAUUCUGGAUGGAGUUGACAGUUUGUGCUGAGGACAGAUUCAGUGUCAGUAACUCGCGGAAGGACAGGCGGUAUGCGGAUCUGGCCGAUCAAUGCCGAGCAAACGGGUGGCAGGUCGUUUCUUUUUCGGUUGAGUAAGACGUCUCUGCGAAGCAGCUACAUCAUCUGGUUGCGGCGUCAACAAAAACACUGGUCGGAAGAUCCACUUUUCUGAGGUACUGUAUGUGGGGCUCCGUUUAUUGAGGUGCGUUGAAAUUUAUUCUCUUUAUCUUAUUAUUUCUUUUCUAUAAUUUCCCCAUAUGAGUUCCUAUCAGUUGCUGUGAACACCUUGAGUGGAGAGCGCUUGCUCGAGCGUUGAACCGGGU